AUGUGGGUGGCGCCUGCCUGCCUCUGCCUGCCUGCGUGCAUUAUACAGCUGUUAAAACUUAAAAGGGUGAGGGGCAUGCAACACACAUCAUUCGUCCUGACGCUGACGGGCCCCUUCGUCUCGUCCCCUGGCCCCUGCAGCUGCAAAUCCGUAAUGAUCCGCCCUCCCGGGAGCCGGGACGACGGCGUCCUCUCCGUCUCUCCGCUGCGUCCCUUCGAUUUGCUGCUAUUUUUCUUGCAGCCCAGUACAGGCGUACUCCGUACAGCAGCCCAUCUUCGCCUGCUUGUUUCGCGCAAGCUGCUCGUGUACCAUGUCAUGUCCCGGUUAGUAGAAAGUUUCUCGUUUUCGAGCUCGGGACGGCUGCUGGCUGCUGCAGCGGCAGCGGCAGCGACUCCGCGCAGUCGGUCUGUGAAAGCGCCUAGGCCACCAAACGUCGUAUCGUAUCAGGCUCACACAUGCAGACAUCGAAAAAUAGACCCGUGUCCGUGUGCACCUAUACAGCACGUUGCACAAGUAAGCAUUCAGCAAGCAGAGGAGUUUGUGGCACACUCUUCCAAUGUUAACUGCCUCAAGAUUGGGAGGAAGACCUCGCGGGUUCUUGUCACAGGAGGAGAGGAUCAUAAGGUCAAUCUUUGGGCUAUUGGGAAGCCCAAUUCAAUAUUGAGUUUAUCAGGUCACACAAGUGCUGUGGAGUCUGUCGGUUUUGAUUCCACGGAAGUGUUUGUGGCUGCAGGAGCAGCCAGUGGAACAAUAAAACUAUGGGAUUUGGAGGAGGCAAAGAUUGUCCGCACUCUUACUGGACAUAGAUCAAACUGUAUGUCAGUUGAUUUCCAUCCGUUUGGGGAAUUCUUUGCCUCUGGGUCAUUGGACACUAAUCUGAAGAUAUGGGAUAUAAGAAGAAAGAAUUGCAUCCAUACAUACAAAGGUCACACACGAGGGGUGAAUGCUAUUAGAUUCACACCCGAUGGGCGCUGGGUUGUGUCUGGUGGCGAAGAUAAUAUAGUAAAGCUCUGGGAUCUGACAGCUGGAAAGUUAUUACAUGAAUUCAAGUGUCAUGAGGGUCAGAUCCAGUGCAUAGAUUUCCACCCCCAUGAGUUCCUUCUGGCAACAGGUUCAGCUGAUAAAACUGUCAAGUUCUGGGAUUUGGAGACAUUUGAGUUGAUUGGAUCUACAGGACCUGAGGCAACAGGUGUACGGUCCAUGACAUUCAAUCCUGACGGAAGAUCUCUGUUGUGUGGGCUGCACGAAAGCUUAAAGGUUUUCUCUUGGGAACCAAUAAGAUGCCAUGAUACUGUUGAUGUGGGAUGGUCUAGACUUGCUGAUUUGAAUGUCCACGAGGGAAAACUUCUUGGUUGUUCUUUCAAUCAAAGUUGUGUUGGAAUAUGGGUUGUUGAUCUGACGCGUCUUGAGCCAUAUGCAACGGGUACUUCAACAAAACUAAAUGGUCAUUCUGAAUUGAAGACUGUGUCUAGCGGCACUAUGCCUUUACAAAAUGAUAGUGGUUCAAGGGCUAACAUAGGGCGGCCAUCAGUCUUGCAAAAUUCAGAGAAUAACUUGAAAACUUCUUCAGGAAGAUUGUCGGCUUCCCAGAACUCUGAUUCUGCACCCAAAGAGACUAAAUCAGCACCCUCAAGCGGGUUGGUCCCAAGCACACCACAAAGGGCUGGAGUUAGCUCCAAUAAUAGAUCUGUUGGAAAUUCAGCUUUUCAAUCUGGUGGUACCACCUUGAAGAGAAGUUCGUUGCGGAGUAACAGUGCCUCUAAUGUUCACAAUUUCAGUAAAGCUGAUGUAGUGCCUGUCAUUGUUCCCAGAACUAGCUCAGGAGGGGAGUUGGCUACUGAUUCUAGAAGCGAUGCUGCUGAUGUGCCACCUGUUGUUCCUAAGGUAACCCAAAGGGUUGAUCCUGCUACCGAUUCUAGAAAAGAAAGCAAUGAUGUGGAACCUGUUAUUCCUAGAGCAAGCUCAAGAAUGGAAACAGCCUCUGAUUCAGCACCCAUUUCUACUUCCAAGUCAGGCAGAAGGUUGGAAUCUGCCCCUGAUUCAAAAAAAGAAAGUGCUGAUACAGCACCUGUUGUUGUUUCCAAUCCCAGGGCAAAUGUAAGAAUGGAGAUGGCCUCUGAUUCUGCUCCCGCUCUUUCAAAGUCAAACAGAAAGCUAGAUUCUGGUACUGAUUCAAAGAAAGAAAGUGCGGAUGCAGUACCUGUCAUUGUACCCAGAACAAAUUCUAGAAUGAAAAUGAUUUCUGAUUCUAGGAGAGAACCUUCUGCUGGAAGAGUAUCACCAUUCAGAAUCCAGUCAAGAUAUGCUGAGCUACGGAAGCUAACCCAUGCCAAAACUGAUUCAAACAAAGUUGAUAGCGGAAGUAAAAUUACUGAAACAGAUGACUUCAAUUGCCAAAUAUUUCUUCCCUGUAGAAAUGGUGUUUUUCAAACAAUAAGUUCUGAAGAAUCUCGUGAAGAUGUAAAGUGUGGUCCAGUUGACAGGAUGGGAUUUUCGAAUUCAUCAGAACCAAAUGCAAGUGUCCGCAGUGAGAAUUAUGUUUCUAGAAUACGCAAACCAAGAGAUAACUGCUAUAUCGAAGUUUCAAGAGCAGGGCGAGCAAGGUCAAGUGUCUCUAAUUGGGAAGGGAGGGAUCAGUCCCCUAGUCACGAAGAACCGACAACAAGCAGUUCUUCGCUGGCUCCUACAGGACGUCCAUAUUCAUCUAGAGGAAACAAUCAAAAAGCUUCUGAAACUCCAAUCAUAGCUAGCGAUGAAGAUGUUCUAUCUCUUAUCAUGGAGCAACAUGAUCUAUUUCUAAGCUCAACAAAGUCUCGGCUGACAAAAUUGCAGAUUAUUCAUCAAAUGUGGGAAAGAAAUGACGUCAGGGGUGUGCUCUCUGCGAUGGAAAGGAUGGGUGAUCAUGCUGUCUGUGCUGAUAUGGCUAUUGUUCUGAUGGAGAGAAGUGAAAUAAUCACACUAGAUUUAUGUACCUCUAUCCUGCCUGUUGUCACUGAUCUUCUGGAGAGUAAAAUUGACAGACACUUAAGCGUUGCAUUGGAAUUAUUGGUGAAGCUUGUAAGGACUUUUGGUCCAAUGAUACAUUCAACAGUAUCAUCAGGUCCUUGUGUUGGCGUAGAUCUUGAGGCAGAGCAAAGGAGGGAGCGCUGCAACUUAUGCUUCAUUGAAUUGGAGAAGGCAAAAAAUAAGCUUCCGUCUCUAACAAGAAGAAAAGGGGCGAUUGCAAAUGCUGCACAAGAGCUUGCUCUUGUCUUCCAGGAAAUCAUGAGUUGA